AUGUCAUCGGAACUUGACAUGCAUCCUUCUGAGUCAUCAACUAUGGAUGCAUCUAUAAAUCUGUGUGAUUUCGACAGUUCAAGGGGGAAAAAUGACAUUUCCAUCAAGAGUUACCCAGACCUAUAUGAUUCCUUACCAACUGGUUAUGAUUAUCAUAUUUGCAAGCAUCAAGUCGUGGACAAAGGGUAUGAAGCAGAGUUUAGAAUAGCCAUUGACAGUGAAGAAAGUGCUAGAACUUGGAUCAAACAAUACCAAAAGAUUAGUAAGGUUACUCUCCGGGUAGCAGCAACAAAGCCUACAAGUGGUAAGGCGAACCUUUUCAAAAUCUUCUAUCGAUGCCAGCACAAGACAUUGCCACGUUCAGUGACAGCCAAUCAGAAAACUUCAUCUAAGAACACACAUUGUCCAGCACAACUUAAUUUGACUGUUAAAGGAAUACCUGCACAACUGAACAAAUCCAAAAAUGAAGACCUUCACUUGCCGAUCUAUCCAACUGUGGUCAAGAUCAAAUACACUCAUAACCACAUGAUCAACAGUGCAGAUACCCUUAAGCAUAGAGAUGUUAGUGAGGAUACCAUAGAGAUCUUAAAAAACCUGUAUGCCAAAGGCCAUUCUCCUGCAUCUGCACUGAACACACAUAAGUUAGACAUGCAACUGGAACAUGAGAAAGACUAUGUUUACGAAGCUGCAGAUCGUGCCAAUUGUCCAGAUAUACAGUUCUGCCACAGGCUGUACAAGAAGAUAUUUAACAAAACCUAUGGUGCUGCAAGUGGUGAGGAGAUGCUGCAUGAUUUGGAAGCAGCCAUAGAAAACUACAAUAGUGAGCAAGGAGAGAUGUGUGGUAAAAUAAAAGACAUAAAUGGCAAGAUUGUGAUUGCUCUUUGUACACCACUAAUGAAACGUGUGCAUCAAAACCAUGACUACAGUGAGGAACUUGUGUUUAUUGAUGCAUCAGGAGGUAUGGACAGAUACGAUUGUCGAAUCUUCAUGAUGUUGACCCACAGUGCAGCAGGCGGUUUGCCACUUGGAUGCCUUAUUGUCACAUCUGUGUCGCGUGACUGCAUAACUCAGGCUUUACGGCUCUACCUAGAGAUCUUACCGAAAGAUGGAUUCUUUGGUCGAGGUUCGAGAGGACCCUUGGUGUUUUUGUCUGAUGACAGUGAGGCAGAAAGGCAGAGUCUUCACGAGGUCUUUCCUGAGGCUACGUUGAUUCUCUGUGUUUUUCACUUGCUCCAAGCAGUUUGGAGAUUCUUGUGGGAAGGGAAGAACAAUAUCAGAAAGGAUCAUCGUCCUCAGUUGCUUUCAGCUGUGAAGAAAAUGACAUUUGCCGGCAGUGUUAUAGCUCUUGAGGAGGCUUAUGCUGAGAUACAAGCUAAUGAUAUAGCAAGCCUGUACCCAAACUAUUUGGCCCACUGUAAGAAGUUGUAUGAUCGUCGUCAGGCAUGGGCUGUGUGCUACCGGCAUCACCUGCUUGUCCGUGGGAACAACACAAACAACUAUGCAGAAGCAGCCAUGAGGAUUCUCAAGGAUCAAAUUUUUGAACGUGUCCGUGCAUAUAACAUGGUACAGUUACUGGACUUCUUGGUGACACGACUGCCGUCUUAUUAUGAACGCCGUUUGAUAGACCUUGCCAAUGGGCGUGUGAAUGUCACUGUUUCAAGAGAUUUCUCCUGGAGGAUCAUCAAUCCCCAAAGGGAUCCACACCAGCGUGAGCACCUGCUUUUCAUUGCCACUGGAGAAAAGAAUGUGCGUCCAGGAUGGUUUACACCUCUGCCCAUUACUGGAAUGACAACAGAUGUGAAUCCCGAGGGCAUGGCCAACGGUGGUGAUGUUGAGCCGAUGCCAAGUACCAGUAGUGGUACUGCUGAGAUGUUACAGCAAAAUGAAGUCAAUGUGAGGAGCAGCAAUCUCUCUGAUUAUGAGAACGAUGACAUCGUCAAUGCUGGUGCUAUUAAACUUGCUUCAACGGAAGCUUCUCUUCACAGCUUCCGAAAUCAAGCGACCGCCGGCAGAGAGGAGUCUUCUCUUGGACGUUUGAAGAGUACCACCUUCUUGAAGCACAGAGCACAGACAGCGCUGGAAACUGGACUACUACAGUUUGAGCAGAAUCCAACAUCUGUGUAUCUGCACCAGAAUCAAGUGUCCAGGGAGGAAAUGAUACGUCUGCAGAGAUGUGCCAGGAGGAGGGACUCUUGGAACAGGCCUUCACACAACAGGGAUUGGGGUGGGGGUGGGGGGACCUUAUAG